CAGUACAUUAUGACGUCAUAAGUAUUGUGACGUUUUAAUAGCAUCAAGACAUUUUUUCAUUGUUAUGACGCCACAAGGAAUGAUAUUAUGACGUCAUUCUGAAAUGAAAUACACAAAUGUAUAAGCAUGCUCAUGUCAGAAAGGGUGUUUGACAGUCUCCACACUGCAGACGUGCGAUUAGCAUGGAGUUUGAUUGGAGAGGAGGUUCUUAAGAAAUUCACAGAUGAACAUGUAACCGCGGUGCCCUUUUUCCAAACAUCAAAAUGUCCCUGUGGCCCCGGUUACAUCAUUUUAUCCAAAUUUCGGUCCAUUAAGAGAUGCUUGCGCAGGUUGCCCCAUUACCGGGUGUUCACCGAGUGUCUGUGGGACUACACCCCCUGUACGGACGACGGCUUGUCUCCGGCCUCCAUGAUCCCUAUCGUCACCGUCUGUGAUCGACCCGCCUCCACUUUCAGAUUCGUGGCAUCCGGCAUGCGGGGGAACGAAUCAAAAACCAUUAAAAUCACCUUCCAUGGAAAGAGAGUGUCUGAGCUGGAUCUACGACAACACAAACUUCUGGAUCGAAAUGUUUCAACACUUUUAUUUGAUGAUGCUGGUUUCGAUGGCUUAAAGCUACAUAUGGUGAACAGGGUGUAUUCCAUUGACAGAGGUCGGAUCGAGGUCUGGGUAGACAACGAUGUUGACGUCAUCAAUAUCGUGGACCACAGUCCCAUAGGUUUCAAGAUGUACAAACUUUCGGUAAACGAAACAGACGAAGGAGAGCGCUACAUUGACUUCGUCCGUGAUGUAAAUUCUAAGAGGUUUAAAGCUUUGUGGCUUAACAGAGAUAACUACUCUCAAAUUAUACGGAAUUUUAUUCCUAACCAGAGUAAAUAUGGUGGAGAGGCCGGUGAUGUCAACUGAAUACAAUGUUUUAAUGUCUAAUUAAAUUGUUUUGGUUAAAUAUUGUAAAUCAUUUCUAAUUUCAUUUAUUCAUGAUUACUAAUAAAAAAAAAUGUUAUCUUUU